CAAUGGCAGGGCAGAACUGAGUUCGGCGCAACAGGGAUCCUUUUUCAAUGAAACACUCCACUUCGGGUUACUGGUGAGACACCCCGCUCCGGAAAAGCUCCGUUCACUGUAAAUCAUGAGUGGAUCAGGGAAAAGCUUGCUCGGACUGUGGCUGUAUAGAACUGGAGAGCAAUGGGCGUUGAAAGAUAGCGUUACCAAAAAACAGUUACCCGGAGAAUGCUCCUCGGCUAGCCAAGAAGGCCACAAUUCGGUCAUAUUCUCGCUGAAGAAUCAAGUCGGUGGCUUAGCAAGGGCUCUACAAGUAUUCCAGGACCUGGGCAUCAACGUGCUGCACAUAGAGUCGCGGCGCUCGGGACGGAGGGAGUCCGAGUACGAGAUCCUGGUGGACGUGGAGUGCGACAAUCGUCGCAUGGAGCAGCUGAUGACUAUGUUGCGGCGGGAGGUGGCAGCUAUCAACCUCGCCACCUUUGAGCAGGGCAACGAUUUGCCGCCCCCGCCCACCCCACUCUCCGCCACUGCCAGUUUCGAUUUUGACGACAUUCCUUGGUUUCCGAGAAAAAUAUCAGAUCUUGACAGAGCCCAGAAUGUCCUCAUGUACGGAACUGAGCUUGACGCUGAUCAUCCCGGUUUCAAGGAUCCUGUCUAUAGGAAACGCAGAGAGCAAUUCGCUAAUAUUGCCCACAGCUACAAAUAUGGACAAUCAAUACCUCGCGUUCAAUACACAGAGGAGGAAAUUAAAACUUGGGGAACAGUGUUCCGUGAGCUGCACAAGCUGUACAUCGUACAUGCCUGCAAGGAAUAUCUUGAAAACUGGCCCGAGCUUGUCAAGUAUUGUGGAUACCGUGAAGAUAACAUACCGCAGCUUCAAGAUCUCAACACAUUCUUGAAAAGGAAAACAGGAUUCCAGUUGAGACCAGUAGCUGGUUAUCUUUCACCGCGCGACUUUCUGUCUGGUUUGGCUUUCAGAGUUUUCCAUUGUACACAGUAUAUUCGCCACAGUUCCGAUCCCUACUAUACACCUGAACCUGACUGCUGCCAUGAACUAUUGGGUCACAUGCCACUUUUGGCAAAUCCAAGUUUCGCUCAAUUCUCACAAGAAUUGGGAUUGACAUCUUUGGGCGCUGCUGAUGAUGACAUUGAAAAACUUGCAACGCUGUAUUUCUUCACGGUGGAAUUUGGACUGUGCAAACAAGAUGACACGUUGAAGGUGUACGGAGCUGGACUGUUGUCAUCAGUGGCUGAGCUGAAACACGCGCUCACUGCUGAAGAGAAAAUAAAGCGAUUCGAUCCAGAGAUCACUUGUCACGAGGAGUGCAUUAUCACAUCCUAUCAGAACUCCUACUACUAUACCGACUCGUUUGAAGAGGCUACUGAGAAAAUGAGAGAAUUCGCGUCAACAAUCAAGCGACCGUUUGGCGUUCGCUACAACCCGUACACACAGAGCGUCGAGGUGCUAAGCAACGCUAAGAAGAUAGCGGCACUAGUAUCGGAGCUGCGAGGCGACCUCUGCAUUGUGAGCAACGCAUUGAAGAAGAUACACGAGCAGGACGAAACGGUCGACGUGGAGGGCAUCGCAAACAUGUUGCACUGCGACCUGCACAUCGACACUGAGAAGGAAAAGAAUGACAACUUCCACAAGACUUAGAUCAGACAAGGAUAGCCAAAACUAUGUCAUAACCUAACGCUUAAUCCCAAUUGAAAUCUUUAUUGAGUUAUCCAUGACUGAAAUAUCAUAAUGAAAACACAAAUAUGUGUUAUUAUUUUAUUUUUGACUAGUAGGUAACCCGAGCUCCGCAAGGGCCAAACUGAAAACUUGAACUACUGAAAUCUUGAAGAAUUAAAGAUAAGCCUAUAACCAUCCUCGGUAAAUGAAGAAUCUAUAAACAAAAUUUCAAGUCAAUCAAUUCAGUAGUUCAGACGUGAUGAUGUGAAUUUCGUAUCCCGUACUAGUAAAAGCCAAUUCUUUCCUUAAUCAUAUUAUGGAAGAUCUAUUGUAAAUCUGAAUUGAAAUAAUCUCGAUUGGUUUGUAUAGUCUAGUUGUUGGUGACAAUAAGUAGUGGAGUGGUUGACAUUUAUUUAUUCAUUUGAAAAGGCUUGGAAACAACAGGCUUUGACAGCCCAAUCCGAUUCAGAGAUACAAAGUGAUACAAGGAAUUCUGUACUUACUUCGCAACAUCAGCAAAUAAGAGUUAAUCAAAUUGUAGAAGGGUAUUGACUUUCUUGGUGGGGGCUACUGGUAUUUAGGUAAAAACUAAAAGUAAAUUCAAGUUGAAAAAAUUAUUUUGAUUUUCAUGUAGAAGGGUAAUACGAGGAAGUCGAUACAGAAAUUAAAUCUUCAACUAUAGUAGCAAAUACUAUCGUGAAUCUCAACCAUUGGACGUUUUUUAUUCAGUCCUGUUAUUUAUUCAUAUUCUAGGGAAUAUUAUAAUUAUCCUAUUCGAGAUCAUCUUUCAAUAGACUAUUGAUAAUAUUCAAUUCAAUUGGAAGUACUAGAGUUUGGAGACUUAAAUACAUGAUGAUGUAUUAAAUAUUGUGAAAGACAUGAUUAACAUUAAAAACUUUCAAUUAACCAAAGCUUAUUGAAACCAUCAGCUUUAAGUGGGUUAACCUUUUUCCUUUACAUAAGUUACUAGAUUAAUUUACUUUGAAUAGUCUAUAUUAAAAAACAAGACUAUAAUUAAAAUAAGUUUAUUGUUUAAUAAUGUAAUUUUAUAUUGAUCAUCCAUUUGCUGUUUGGCUAUCAUGCUAAUAAUUAAUAGAUUCACAGCAUUCACAUUUUUUAUCAUCUAUAAUAAUUUACGUUGAAUUAAGAAAGUGCGACUGAGAGAGGUUGAGCAUGUAAUAAUUUUAAUUUGAAUAAUAUUGUAAUUAAAUACUACUCAUGAUUCUAGAGCAUUGUAGAAUGAAUAGUUGUAGAUCUGGAUGACAAAUAAAUAUUGUGAAAGCAA